AGCAAGAACUUAUGGAUAAACCAAUCACCAAAAAAAUUUCCCCAAAAAAAUAAAAAUUCAGAAUGCUUCUCAACGGUGGCGCAAGAUGCUCAAUGAAAUGCCCGAGAGACCACCACGAAGCUCACCUCCUCCGAAGAAAAGCCGUCUCAAUUGCAGCCGCCACCGCGGCGCUGGUGUUGUCUGCAGGUGCCAUAGUAGUGGCGGCGCCAGCAGAUGAAACGCUUUCCAACGUGCCGCAGACGUUGUCAAGCGUCUGCGGCCCCGAUCAAAAGGAUUGCAGGAAAAGAUAUAAAAUACAAAAGCCCAACUCGAAGAAAGCGGAGGCUUGCACGAAUAAGUGCACCUCCACUUGCAUUCGAGGCGGUUUCGGGUCCCCCGGAGAAGGCCCCUUAAAUAUCCGGAGACCACUGGUUGUUUUUAAGGAUGGUUUUCGAAGUCGAAAAUAUUGUUUGUCCGAAUGCUCUGACAUUUGUAACUUGAUUGGAGAUGGAGAUGAUGGCCCUUGAUUCAUUCAUUUUCUUUUAUUUUUAAGAGUACAAUUAUUCAAAAUUAGAUUAAUCAGUGUUUUGUUUUUUAUCCAUGUAAAUCCAGAUAUGUAACUAAUAGACCUCAUAAUUGAGCUUAUGUAUCCAAAGAUAUCAUGCACAAGAAUUUUCUAAA